UUCCAUCAUCUCGGGAAACUCAAGCGGACGCCACGAUGGUGCAUCACUCCGGAUCCAUACAGUCCUUCAAGCAGCAAAAGGGCAUGCACACCAGUAUCAGUGAGAUCCUGAAGGAGAAAAGCCUAAAGCCGUCUCGGCGCAGUCUGCCCUGUCUGGCUCAAAGCCAAACUUAUCCUCACAACCUCAGCCACUUUCUUUCUGUGCCUCUGAGUCCUGAGUAUAAAGCAAACUCACUUACCCAGAGUAUCCGUGCCUCCUGUACACACAUCACUUCCCCAACUACAGAUGUUAGUAAUGAUCAGUAUGUAGAAGAGAUGGAGACAGCAGCAUAUGAGUCCAGGACAGAUGAGUCACUCCUCAUUCAGCAGAUGCCUGCCUCCAGAGGCAGGCUUGGGGCUCGCGUGGACUCUGUUCAGGAAAAUAAUACAGCGAGACCCACCGGACUUUUGUUCAGAGAUGGUAAAAAACGCAUCGACUAUAUCCUGGUGUAUAAGAAAUCCAGCUCUCAGGUUGAGAAAAGAUGUACUUUUGAAAGAAACCUGCGUGCAGAGGGACUGAUGCUGGAGAAAGAGCCCUCAUUAACCAACAACGACAUUAUGUUUGUAAAGAUCCAUGCUCCAUGGGACACGCUCUGUAAAUACGCAGAACAAAUGAACAUUCGAAUGCCAUUCAGGAAAAAGUGCUACUUCUCAGAGUGGAAGAAGACGACCAUGGGAGGUCGAUUUCAUUUGAGAUUUCGCCAGAUAAAGAGUUGGCUGCCAAGGAACCCCAUGAAGUUGGAUAAGGAGGCAUUGCCUGAUUUAGAGGAGACUGAUUGUUACACUGCCCCCUUCAGCAGGUCAAGAAUGCAUCAUUUUACCAUCAACAACAGGGAUUCAUUCUUCUCCAACUCUACAAGAAGCAGAAUCGUGCAUCAUGUUUUACAACGCACAAAAUACGAGGACGGCAAGUCCAAGAUGGGUAUCAAUCGUUUACUUGGUAAUAGCACAUAUGAGGCUGCAUUUCCCCCUCAUGAGGGCAGCUACAAGAGUAGGCACCCCAUAAAGACCCACGGUGCUCAGAAUCACAGACACUUGCUCUAUGAGAGAUGGGCUCGCUGGGGCAUCUGGUACAAAUACCAGCCUUUGGACCUCAUAAGGAGGUACUUUGGUGAGAAGAUUGGCUUUUAUUUUGCUUGGCUAGGUUGGUACACAGGGAUGUUAAUCCCAGCAGCUCUGGUCGGUCUUUUUGUCUUCCUUUAUGGUCUUUUCACCAUGGACUCCAGCCAAGUAAGUAAAGAGAUCUGUGAGGCCAACACCACCAUCAUGUGCCCCAUGUGUGAAGUUAACUGCAGCGCCUGGAUACUGAGCGACAGCUGCGUCUAUGCAAAGGUGACUCAUCUCUUUGAUAAUGGAGGCACUGUCUUUUUUGCCAUCUUCAUGGCGAUAUGGGCCACUGUCUUCCUUGAAUUCUGGAAAAGGCGGAGAGCAGAACUCACCUAUGACUGGGAUUUAAUUGACUGGGAGGAAGAAGAGGAGGACCUUCGGCCCCAAUUUGAAGCAAAAUACUCUCGAAAGGAGAGAGUGAAUCCCAUCUCAGGCAGACCAGAACCCUUCCAGCCCUUCACCGACAAACUCAGUCGUCUCAUGGUCUCCGUGUCCGGGAUCUUCUUUAUGAUCUCCCUGGUGUUGACAGCGGUGUUUGCCGUAGUGGUUUUUCGUCUCAUUGCCAUGGAGAAGUUUGCCUCCUUUCAGUGGGAGUUUGUGAAGAAGAACUGGCAGUUUGCCACCUCGGGGACUGGAGUGUGCAUCAAUUUUAUGAUCAUCAUGUCCCUCAAUGUGGUUUAUGAGAAGGUGGCAUACCUACUAACAAAUCUAGAGCAUCCACGGACUGAGUCAGAGUGGGAGAACAGCUUUGCUCUCAAGAUGUUUCUUUUUCAGUUUGUCAACCUGAACAGUUCCACCUUCUAUGUUGCAUUCUUCCUAGGAAGGUUUGCUGGCAGGCCCGGAGACUAUAAUAAGUUGUUUAACCGCUGGAGAAUGGAGGAGUGCCAUCCGAGCGGCUGUCUGAUUGAUUUGUGUUUACAAAUGGGAGUGAUCAUGGUGUUGAAACAGUUCUGGAACAAUUUUAUGGAGCUAGGAUACCCGCUGCUACAGAACUGGUGGUCUCGGCGGAAAAUGAGGCGAGUGGGAGAACAGAACAAUGUAGAACGUAAAGAACAGCUGCCUCAGUGGGACAAAGACUGGAAUCUGCAGCCCAUGAAUGCCCACGGCCUGGUUGAUGAGUACCUAGAGAUGGUCCUCCAGUUUGGUUUCACCACCAUCUUCGUGGCCGCAUUUCCUCUUGCUCCUCUGCUUGCUCUGCUUAACAACAUUAUUGAGAUCAGACUGGAUGCAUACAAAUUUGUGACACAGUGGAGGAGACCAAUGCCAGCCAGAGCUACAGAUAUUGGUAUUUGGCAUGGUAUUCUGGAGGGCAUAGGGGUGGUGGCUGUUAUAACAAAUGCCUUUGUCAUUGCCAUCACCUCUGACUACAUUCCUCGAUUUGUGUAUGCCUUCAAAUAUGGACCUUGUGUGGACAAGGGCUACAAGCAUGAAAAAUGCCUACGAGGAUAUAUGAACAGCAGCCUGUCUGUGUUUGACAUGGGUGAGCUAAAGAAUGGAAGUCAGUAUGAGACAAGAUACUGCAGGUACCGGGACUACAGAGCUCCACCAUGGAGUUCACAGCCCUAUGAGUUCACCUUACAGUUCUGGCAUGUACUAGCUGCCAGACUGGCCUUCAUCAUCGUCUUCGAGCACCUUGUGUUUGGAAUUAAAACCUUCAUCGCUCAUCUGAUCCCAGACAUGCCUAAAGACCUGUGUGAACGUAUGCGUAGGGAGAAGUACCUGAUGCAGGAGAUGGUGUACGAAGCAGAGCUGGAGCACCUGCAGAAGGAGAGGAAGAAAAACGGCAAGCGUUAUCACCAUGAGUGGCCUUAGCUGUGCCUA